AUGUUAGAAUGUACUUGUUGUGCCUUAGCAUAUGCGUCCCAUCGCUUGAGGCAAUACAUGUUUUGCCAUACGACUUACUUGAUAUCCAAAAUGGAUCUGAAAGCCAUCAAAGUGAGUGGCUUAGCAGAUUAUCUAGCUAAUCAACCUGUGGAUGAUUAUAAGUCAAUGCAAUGCGAAUUUCCAAAUGAAAGCGUCAUGGUUUUGUCUAAAGAAUGCGAUGAUGGAAAAUGGACCUUGUUGUUUGACGGGGCCUCAAACAUAAUGGGGCAUUGGAUUGAGGUUGUCUUAAUAUUUCCCGAAAAACAGUUCAUACCUAUCACAAUGAGCUUGUGCUUUGAUUGUACCAAUAAUAUGGCAGAAUAUGAAACUUGUGCCAUGGGAAUUUUGACGGCUUUGGAAUCAAAAGCGAAAGUUCUGGAAGUAUAUGGAGAUUCAGCCCUAGUCAUUAAUCAGCUUAACCAAGAAUGGGAAACUUGA